AUGGUGCAUCUCUCAUUGGGUGAUCCUGAAGUUGGAGCUGUUAAUUUUAAUGUUUUGAAAACACUACUACUACAAAUGUUAAAAGCAAUGAAUUUAUUCAAUUACAAACCGGAUUCAAUGUCCGACGAUGAUAGGCGAUCAUUGAAAGAAGCACUUAGUAUUCCUACAUCAUCAUCAAAUGAUAAACGACAGGUUAAAUUUAAAGAUGAUACAUUUAUUGAAAAAAUUGAUAAUGCUGAGACUAGCAUAUCAGCAAGCGGCGGAGAUGUAAAACCAAAAAGACGUGAUCGAAGCUCUGAACGAUUAGCAUUACUAGAAGAAAAAGUAUUUCGUUUUGAAAGUCAGCUGAAUGCAUUUAAUCAAAUUCCGUCGAAUGAUGAGUUAAUUGAAAAAGCAAAAGAAGUAGGAAAAACAUCACCAAGAAACAUCUCGUCAUCAACAAUGAACGACAGUAGUGGAGAAAAAAGGAAGAGCUCAAAUAAAGGUCCAAUCUUAGAAAUAUGGCAAUACACACAAUUAGAAAAACGAAUUGAAUCGGCUGAAAAUGGGAUAACGAGGCUUGCCUCAUUAUUACAAGAUUUGUUAUCAGACAUGAGUGAUUUGAAGGAGUCGCAUGAAUCAAUGAAAAAAUUGUUGGAUGCACUCAAUAAACAACAAGAGGAUUUAAAAAAUUUGUGUGAUGCGUUGAACAAAGAAAAAGGAAAUUGGGCGAAGAAAAGUGAUGUUGAAGAUUCAAAUGAAAAGAUACGCAAUCUGCAAAAUACGCUGACGUCAUUACGUGAACGUUUGGAUAAUUUACCGCAGCCGACCAGUAAUGGGCAGUCCAUCGAUUUAUCAAAUUAUGUCACAUGGGAUAAAUUAGAAGAUGCGUUACGAGGUAUGCGUGAAUCAGUUGAAAAAUCCACGGCUGCCGCAAUGGAAGCUGCCAGAAAUAUAACUCGCCCACCGGUUGUUGAACGGCAAAUGCAAACUUCUGCCAAGUUUCAGGCUACCCCGACGGCUGAUGAACCACGGAGAGUAUCGUCUGGUAUUUCACCAUCAAAAAGUUUAGCUGAUUUAUUAGAACAGUUGGGUACAUUGAAUGAACGCCAUGAACAAUUGAGAGCGAUUGUUGAAAGUUUAGAGAAUAAGAAACUUGAACGAGACGAAUUUGAAAAAUUUAAAGCAAACAGAGAUUUAGCUGAUAAAAUAGCUUCUCUCGAAAAAGCCUUACACGAUCUUCAACAACAACGAAAUAAAGAAUCAGAAAUUGUGCCUCCACCGAUCCGUUCGAUUUCUCCUAAAGAACCUCCUCAAACUAUUAUACGUGAAACUAUAAUUAAAGAGGUACAACCACGACAACAGAAUCCGGUCAAUAUGUCUGAAGCCAUGCAAGAUUUUCAAACUGCUCUUCAACGUUUACGAGAAGAAAUUGAUAAAAUCAAACAACUUGUCCAAGAAUUGAUCGAUAAUGGUAAAUUAUCUGCUCAAGACAUCGAGGCUCUGAAACGUUUACUUAAACAACUGGAAGAAGCCAAAGCUGAUAAAAAUCAUAUUAAUAUCGAAUUGGACAAGAAAGCAGAUAAACGCGAUUUGGAUAAUCGUGUUCAUAAAAAAGAUUUUCAUACUGCUUGCGAAGAACUUUCCCAGAGUGUCAAUGAUUGUUUGCAAAAAUUCCAUACUCACGAUGAUGUACAAAAACAAGAUUUAGAAAAGAUUACGGGUGAUGUCGAUAGUAAAUUAGAUCGUAGUGAAUUAGAUGCAUUACGUGAUUAUAUUGAGAAACAAUUGAAAAAAUUGAAAAAAUUGGCUAAAGAACAACAAACUCAACAACACGUUCAUAUGAUGUCGGAAGAUGACGCAGCCGGACUUCGAAAACAAUUAAUUCGUUUCCAUUGUAUAUCGUGUGAUAGACCUAUUGAUGUUGCACCCCGUGAACAACAACCUAGUCUGCCAGCUGAACGAGGCAUCAGACCCAUACAAUCACCUCGUCCAUAUACAACAUUUGAAUUAGAUCAAAUUAGACAAUUUCAAAAGAGUCAACAAUACAAUACCGAUUUUGGCUAUGAUGUUUAUGCCACUGUCAGACAAUGUGGCGGUAGUCAUACAAUGACGUUGCCAUUCAAGCGUCAAGUCAAAACGCAGCCUACGGUACCAGAAGAAACGCCUCUAACAAAAAGUGAAGUUGACAUUCAAGGACAUGAUGGUCACAUUUACAAAGGUAGGAUAGACGCAAAAUUAUCUGUUGAUAUAUCGAAAAAACAAGGCAUGGUUAUGUUAACACGUCCUCGUUCGGCGACACAAACAACUCGCAUACAAUCAGGUGGUGUAGAUGGAACAGGAGCAGGAACGUCUUCUUCGUAUCCAGUUGAUCUCGGUGGAGGUAAUUCAGCUCCUCCUCAUGUUGGAAAUGAACAUGGUCCAUUAUUGAUUCGUCAACAGCAAGAUCCACGACAAGAACCGGCCACAGCUGAUAUGAGAUUUAACUGA